AAUCAUUAUAUAAAUUCAUUUGGAGACCUAGGUCAGAAUUAGACGCAUCAAAUCUAUACAGAAGCCACCGGAGGCCGACGCCAUUAGAAGUUGAAUCUACUUUUCAGAAUCUUCAUCAAUGGCCACCGUACCAGGACCUUUGAUUUGGGAGAUCGUUAAGAGGAACAACUCAUUUUUGGUUAAGGAGUUCGGCAAUGGAUCUGCUGGUAUUCAGUUCAGCAAAGAAAGCAACAAUCUGUACAACCUCAACUCGUACAAAUACUCUGGAUUGGCAAACAAGAAGACUGUAACUGUUCAACCAGGAAAAGAUCUUUCUGUUGUCUUUGCAACAACAAAGACCAGGAAACAAGGAAAGCCUGCAAGUGUACUUAACAAAUCUAUCAUGAAGAAAGAGUUCCCUCAGUUGGUGAAGGUUGUUGAGAACCAGGUUGUAUCCAACUACUACAGGGCAGAUCUUAAGAGUGCUGCUUUUGCAAGGUUGAGUGCUGUGAAUAGGAGCCUUAAGGUGACCAAAUCUGGCCUUAAGAAGAGAAACAGACAGGCUUAGAGCUGGUGAAGUAAUGAAAUGGACCUUUAGUUGUUAUUUUCACUAUUUAUGAGACAUCAAAAUUUUUGUCAUUUGCUAUUUUCAUUCCAACUUUUAUUUUCUUGUUUGUGUCCCUACUAAACUGUUUUAAGUUCAUGUUUUGGAAUGAUUUUAUAUUUUAAAUUUCUGGAAAAUGUGUUCUUUA